AUGACGGGGAAAGCAGGGGAAGCGCUGAGCAAGCCCAAAUCCGAGACAGUGGCCAAGAGUACCUCGGGGGGCGCCCCGGCCAGGUGCACCGGUUUCGGCAUCCAGGAGAUCCUGGGCUUGAACAAGGAGCCCCCCAGCUCCCACCCGCGGGCUGCCCUCGACGGUCUAGCCCCCGGGCACUUGCUAGCGGCGCGCUCCGUGCUCAGUCCCGCAGGAGUGGGCAGCAUGGGCUUGCUGGGGCCUGGGGGGCUCCCCGGCUUCUACGCGCAACCCACCUUCCUGGAAGUGCUGUCCGAUCCGCAGAACGUCCACUUGCAGCCGCUGGGCAGAGCGUCGGGGCCGCUGGACACCAGCCAGACGGCUAGCUCCGAUUCUGAAGAUGUUUCCUCCAGCGACCGAAAAAUGUCCAAAUCGGCUUUAAACCAAACCAAGAAACGGAAGAAGCGGCGGCACAGGACAAUCUUUACCUCUUACCAGCUAGAGGAGCUGGAGAAAGCAUUCAACGAGGCCCACUAUCCAGAUGUCUAUGCACGGGAGAUGCUGGCCAUGAAAACGGAGCUGCCAGAAGACAGGAUACAGGUCUGGUUCCAGAAUCGCAGAGCCAAGUGGAGGAAGCGAGAGAAGUGCUGGGGCCGAAGCAGCGUCAUGGCGGAGUAUGGGCUGUAUGGGGCCAUGGUGCGGCACUCCAUCCCCCUGCCUGAGUCCAUCCUCAAGUCUGCCAAGGAUGGCAUCAUGGACUCCUGUGCCCCAUGGCUGCUGGGGAUGCACAAAAAAUCGCUGGAGGCAGCAGCCGAGUCGGGGAGGAAGCCCGAGGUGGAGCCGCAGGCCCUGCCCAAGCUGGACAAGAUGGAGCAAGAGGAGCGGGGCCCCGAGCCCCCGGCAGCCAUGUCCCAGGAGGAACUGAGAGAGAACAGCAUUGCGGCGCUCCGAGCCAGAGCUCAGGAGCACAGCACCAAAGUGCUGGGAACUGUGUCCGGGCCCAACAGCCUGGCCCGGAAUGCCCAGGAGCCAGAGGAGGAGGCGGCCAUGGACGAAGACAGGCCGGCGGAGAAGCUGAGUCCGCCGCAGCUGGAGGACAUGGCUUAGGUCCAGGGUGUGCUGACGCUGGAGCCCCAGGACUCUGCUCUUCUCCAGGCCUGUGGUGCUGGGAGGUAUCCCAGAGGCAGGGCCCAGCCUGGCCUUUGCUACCCUCCCACUGCCCCACAGGCCCUCCGGGAUCCCUGGUGACUUCAGGCACAAGUCACUUCUGGCCGAGGCUGUGGGCCAUGCUGAGACAUCCCCUACCUAGCUAGCUUUGACCUCUUCAGCAGCCUCCUCAUCCCGACAGUCUUGCCUCAGAAACCUUCUUGCUGCCCCAAACCACCCCUUCAAGCCAUGUUCAGUCAAUCCCUUGGCAACUCUCACUGUCCAAAUCCACCCCUCACUCUGCUCUCUUGCUCUAAGAGCUCUCCCUCCCAGCUCUAACCCCUGGUAGAAUUCAGCUCCUCUCAGGCCCACGGCCCUGUCAGGGAUUGAGGACCUGCAGUCCAGAACCCAUGACCUGAGCGCGCCAGUCCUCGGCCAAAUUCUGCUCCCCUCAGCCUGUUCCUUCCCUCGGGUCUGGGCCUGGGCUUCUGCCAUGUGAAUGUACUGCCCAGUAGGUCCAGGCACAACCUCUGCUCUACCCCAUCAAUGGGGCCCAGAGUCCACAUUACAUUUGGGAAGUCUCCGCCUGGGCCUUUUGGCCACCCUCCAUCUCCUGCUCUUCAUGGUCACCCUCAGGAACCCACCCUUUCCACACUCAGCGUGCCCCAGUGUUCAUCCCAGCACAGGUGGCAGUACCGCAUGUGACUCCAGGGUGUGUGCUUUGCAGCCAGGGGGCACCGCUCACAAAUGCUGUCUCUGCAUUGUUGGGAAUCCAAGCCCUCUGCUCUGGGCCCUUGGGGCUGUGUUCUGAA